AUGGAUGGUCGUCUCGGACUGACCUCCCUCAUCAUCGGUGUGGGCCUUCAUGUGGUACUCUUUCGACACGGCGAGUGGCAUCUAUGGGCACUAAAAUUCAAAUUUACCCACUUGAUCCUCAGUUUUCUGCUGCUUGUUUUUGUUGUCCAUUCCGUCCGCCUACAGUCUGAAUGGCUGCAAAGUGCCAGCAUUGCUUCCCGCUUGGUGGCGAGCCUUGUGUUGGGAAUCCUCUCGAGCAUGAUUACAUAUCGCGCAUUCUUUCACCGCCUCACUCGUCACGGAUUCUCAGGGCCAUUCAUCGCCCGAUGGUCCCAGAUUUAUCAAACGAUCCUUGCUUCCAAGAAAUUGCGGCUAUGUGACGAGGUGGAGGUUCUUCACAAGAAGUACGGCGACUUCGUGAGGAUCGGCCCAGAAGAGAUAUCAAUUGCCGACCCGAAAGCCAUGGUCGCAAUUCAUGGAACAAACGCGAAGCCAGGCUCAUGUACGAAAGGGCCAUGGUACGACAUGAUGUAUCCGAAAGUCAACAUGCAAGGCACGAGGGAUCGUCAGCUCUACUCGCAACGACGCAAGCUAUGGGACAAGGCCUUCAGCAGCAAAGCACUUCGAGGCUAUGAAAGCCGUGUCAACAGCUAUACCACCCAAUUGCUAAAAGGGGUCCAGGGCAGCGAGGCUCGGCCACUCAAUGUGACACAAUGGUUCGGCUUUUGGGGUUUCGAUAUAAUGGGCGACAUGGCCUUUGGCGAGAGCUUCAGAUUGAUGGCCAGAAACGAGGAGGACUACUAUUACAAGACCACUGCUCGAUUUCUCCCCAUGCUUUCGGUCUUCUCUCCCACUCCCUGGCUUUUUCCAUUUUUAAAGCGGAUCCCGAUUCUAAAUCGGGAGUCUAACGAAUUCGACGAGUUCGAGGACGCAUUGUUUUGGAAACGCCUUCGUAGCGAGCCGCAAGAGCCCGACGUGUUUCAGUGGAUAGCAUCUGAGUACCGGGAAAAUCCAGCGCCUUCACAACAGGAGACAACGAAUAUGAAGGCCGAUGUUGGGUUGAUAGUCGUCGCUGGGAGUGAAACAACAAGGUUGACGCUGACAACUCUGUUUUACAACCUGGUGUGCCACCCGCAUGUUUAUCGUAAACUCCAGGAGGAGGUGGACAGCCUCAUGCGCCAAGAAGGCACCACUGAAGGCGAAACUGUCGAAAACGCCGAGCUGGCGAAGUUGGAGUAUCUACAAGCCUGCAUCGAUGAGUCGCUUCGCUUCAUCAACCCCAACCCAUCUGGCCUCCAGCGCCAAACGCCGCCCGAGGGCCUUUGGGUCGGUGAUCAGUGGAUUCCAGGCAAUAUAAACGUGCGGACCGCAAACAACCUCAUAAUGCGAGACCCGCGCGCCUUUGUGCUGCCGGAUGAGUUCAUUCCCGAGCGGUGGGCUACACGUCGGGACGAACUCGUGAUUGACGCGUCCGUCCACGUCCCAUUCUCGACAGGUCGCUUCUCGUGUCCGGGCAAACAGUUGGCGUUGAUGAACCUGAGACGGGCGACGGCGCUGAUUUGUCAUCAGUAUGAUGUCGCCUUUGCACCGGGCCAGCGACGCGAGGACUUCACUGCAGGCUUGUCGGACCACUUUACGCUGGGUGUGCCAAAGCUGGAUCUUGUUUUCACACCGAGAAAAGCAUAA